UAGUAAAUGAGGAGUGUAUUGUAGAUAUACUGUAUAUAUAUAUCACCCGUGCCCAGAGAGAUUCCGACGACUCGGGUGAUUCUUAUACAUCUGCUAUACAACACAACUGCAACUACACACACUAUAACACACAAACUUAGUUUAUCGAGGAUAACAACAAAAUUCGACAUGUCUAUUGCCAAUGUGGACGAGAUCAUCAUUCCUGCAGGGGAGGACUACCACACCCACCUGCGCCAUGGCGACCUGAUGAACAUGGUCGUGCCACAUGUACGCAAAGGUGGUAUUUGCAGAGCUCUGAUCAUGCCAAACUUAACGCCCCCAAUUACUACGCUUGAGCAAGUGGUAGCGUACAAGUCCGAGCUCGAAGGCCUGGACUCGUCUGUCGAAUAUCUCAUGACCUUGUACCUGCAUCCAUCCCUCACCCCAGAGAUCAUUGCGGGUGCCAAGGCUGUUGGGGUUACCGGCGUUAAGAGCUAUCCUCGCGGCGUGACCACCAACAGUGAAGCAGGCAUUGAAAGCUACGACGUCUACUACCCCAUAUUCGAAGCCAUGGAGACCGCCGGUCUGAUCCUGCACCUGCACGGAGAAAUCCCCAGUAACCCAGACAACGACGUGUGUGUGAUGAACGCGGAACGAUCGUUUUUGUCACACCUAGAGAAGCUACACGCAGCUUUCCCGAAGUUACGGAUCAUCCUGGAGCACUCGACCACGAAGGAGGCUGUGGCGCUGGUCAAGAAACUCGGUCCCACAGUUGCGGCGACCAUCACCGCACACCAUCUGGAACUGACUGUGGACGAUUGGGCUGGUCAGCCUCACAACUUCUGCAAACCCGUUGCUAAGUACCCAUCCGAUAGAGCGGCCCUAAGAGCCGUUGUGAAGGAAGGGAACCCCAAGUUCUUCCUGGGAUCUGAUUCGGCCCCCCACGAUCGCACGAAGAAGGAGUCGUGCUGUGGCUCUGCAGGAGUGUUCACAACACCGCUGCUAAUGCCCUACGUAGUGACCACGCUCCUUGAGAUGGGGUGCACCAGCGAACAGAUAGUCGGAUUUACAAGCGCAAAUGGUCGCGCUUUCUACGACUUGCCUGACCUGAAACAAAAUAUCACCCUGGUGAAAGAGUCCGCCACUGUACCACAGUCGUACGCUUAUGGAGAGGCCGGAGAGGUCGUUCCUUUCAAAGCGGGUCAGACUCUCGCGUGGUCACUCAGAUCCCAGUAGACUCUGUAUCUACAACCAACACGUUUUAUACGUACCAUAUUCUAAUAUUGAAUGGGAAUAUGCCAAAUUUAGAGCCUUUGUGACACAUUUUUGUGCCGGAUUUAGUAAUGGGAAUUAGAAAUCAGGACCUGGGAGGAUUGACAACGGGUGCACUGUGUGUGUCCCAGAAAUUAGGCGAUCAGAAAUCUCGUCGACUUUUUGGUUUGGCAAUUGCUAACCAGCUAUUCAUUUCAAUUGCGAUCAUUAUGCAUCGAACAUAUAGACCUAUGUACUGUUAUUGUAUCGGGAGUACCAUUGCAGCUCUCUAGGGUGACUUACCCGCAGUCUCAAUGGCUUCAAUUAAAUGUACAUUAAGUUCAAAUAAAGUAUUCUGAAACCGCA